UAAACGAGUCCGCGCUUUAGUCUUCCCCUCCUUUAGAACUGCGUUGUCGAGAAAGCCGACGGACGGCUCACCAUUUUUGAAGAGACUAUUCCGGCAGAUUGUUGGGUUUGUUUUUGUCUUUUUGGUUUGAGGAUCACCUGAUUUUAUUUGAGGCAUCAAUCCUUGUGUUUUUAUAUUUUUUUUUAUUCACGAUGGAUUGUGUGUGGAUGCUCACCAUGAUCGGCCGAUGGCGCACACUGCUUGCCAUUCUUUGUCUCUGUGAAUUGCGCUCCGCGAGUGGACAGGCUCGCUAUUCCAUACCGGAGGAGAAGGCGGAAGGCUCUUUUGUUGGAAAUAUUGCGAGAGAUUUGGGCUUGGACUUGGGCAGACUCGUGGCAGGUAAAGCUCGAAUUAUUCCCAAAGGAGGCCGACAGUAUGUUGAUUUAAAGGGAGACAAAGGCACGCUUGUGGUAAAAGAGCGCAUCGACCGAGAGGAGCUUUGUGGAAAGACGACGCCCUGCAGCUUCAAUUUUGACAUCAUUUUAGACAACCCAUUCCUGCUUUAUCGCGUAAUAGUGGAGGUGAUGGACAUUAAUGACAACAGUCCCUCCUUCCCACAGUCUGAAAUCAAUUUGAAAAUUGUUGAAAAUGCUGUAGUGGGAACUCGUUUCUCACUCGAUAAUGCGGAUGAUCCUGACGUUGCCUCAAAUGACAUACAGAAAUACAUUCUUAAACCAUCAGAUAGCUUUAAAUUAGAAAUUCAAAGCCAACCAGAUGGGGAAAAAAUAAUUGAAAUGGUUUUGCAGAAGCCUUUAGACAGAGAAAGAGAGGAAAGCCUCACACUCAUGUUGAUCGCUUCAGAUGGUGGUGAGCCACAUAGAUCAGGGACGGUGAGAAUUCUAGUCACUGUGCUGGAUGCAAACGAUAACGCUCCAGUGUGCUCUCAACCUGUUUAUAAGGUCGAUGUGCCCGAAAAUUCACCUGCAGGGACAGUGAUCACUCGUGUGAGUGCAAACGAUGCUGAUGCCGGAAUCUAUGGUGAGGUCACAUAUUUGACUCGUUCGUCCAAAGACACAGAGCGGCUAUUUGACAUCAAUAUUAAAACAGGGGAGAUUAAACUUGCAGGAAAAUUAGAUUUUGAAAAAUCAAGGAGUUAUCAGUUAAACGUUCAGGCUAGUGAUCAUGGAGGAUAUACGGACACAUGCAAAGUUAUUGUUAACAUACUUGAUGAAAAUGACAAUGUCCCCACCAUUGAACUAAUGUCAUAUUCUCAGUCCAUACCCGAGGAUUCUCCCCCAGGUACAACGGUCGCUGUUUAUAAUGUAAAUGAUGAAGAUGCUGAAAGCAACGGUGUUGUCAAGUGCUCCAUUAGCGCUGAUGUCCCUUUUAAAAUUGAGUCUUCUCUAACAGGUUACUACACCAUAGUGACUGAAAAUUUCUUAGAUCGGGAAAGUGUCCCUGAAUAUAAUGUGACCAUAACAGUGUCUGACCAAGGCUCUCCACCUCUGUCGAGUAGUAAAAACAUCAACGUUAAAAUAUCUGACGUGAAUGACAACCCGCCCAUAUUUCAUCAGUCAGAAUACAAUAAGAUUGUGCCGGAGAACAACGUUCCUGGUUUUUCCGUGUUUACCAUCAGUGCUAGUGAUGCCGACUGGGGCCAGAACGCUCGAGUGUCUUACUUCCUAGAAGAGAAAGAAGUGAAUGGAGUAGCUAUGUCUUCUUUUGUCUCCAUCAAUUCUGAGAAUGGUUUCAUCCACGCAGUCAAAUCAUUUGACUUUGAACAAAUCAAAUCCUUUGACUUUAACAUUACUGCCCGCGACUCCGGAUCCCCUCCACUCACUUCUGUGGCCACAGUCCGCAUUCUGAUCCAGGACCAGAAUGACAACGCCCCCCAGGUCCUGUACCCGGUGCAGACGGGCGGCUCGCUGUUGGCUGAAAUGGUGCCUCGUUCUGCAGAUGUGGGCUAUCUGGUGACUAAAGUGGUGGCCGUGGACGUGGACUCUGGCCAGAACGCCUGGCUCUCCUACAAAAUGCACAAAGCCACCGACAGGGCUCUGUUUGAAGUGGGCCUCCACAACGGAGAGAUCCGAACCGUCCGCCAAGUGACUGACAAAGAUGCUGUCAAACAAAGGCUGACUGUUGUGGUGGAGGACAACGGGCGGCCUUCUCGCUCAGCUACGGUCAUUGUGAACGUGGCGGUGGCCGACAGCUUCCCUCAAGUGCUGUCAGAGUUCACUGACUUGAGCAUGCACGACAAGGAGUACAAUGACCAGCUGACUUUUUACUUAGUCUUGGCGCUGGCGGUGGUCUCCUUCCUCUUCAUCACCUGCUUGCUGCUUAUCAUAUCGGUCAAAGUGUACCGGUGGAGACAGUCUCGCGUCCUGUACCACUCUAACCUGCCCGUCAUUCCGUAUUGUCCACCUCGAUACUCGGAUACUUUGGGGACGGGGACUCUCCCGCAUAUGUACAAUUACGAGGUGUGCAGGACCACCGACUCCAGAAAAAGUGACAUGAAGAACAUGCAAGCCAUGAGUCAAAGUUUAGUGAGUGUGGAUGGAGCUGAUGCUGACAUGCCGCAUGUGAACAAGGAGCUGUCAGGAAACUGCUCACAGAUGUCAACUUUGGUGAGUCAAGUUUUUCAAUGUUAUUUUUCUAAUUUUGAGUCUGAAAAGUUUCAGAGCUUGACCAAUUAGGUGUCUUCUCAACUUCUUUUGUAUAUGGUGCUGGAAGGAUGACAUCUUGAAGUAACUUCCAUCUUCUGUCGAUUAAAAUAAGUCUGCACACCGCUGUUCAAAUCCUUUCCAGUGUUUUUGGGUAUAUAAUCAUGUUUUUAAAGAGUUUGUCUUGGUGUCAUUUAUAUUACAAAAACUUGGUGUUUAAAAAGAAGCUGUUGACUUUUUACUUGUCGUAGUGCCUAUAAUGCCUCCUGGCAUGGGGGACAGCAGUGAUAAUCUUCCACAGUCUUUGGUUUUGUUUAUGGGAUGUUUUUUUGGACAUUUACCGAUGUCAGAUUCAUGGAGUGAAUUUCCUUUACCUAUGUGAAACCUGUAGAUCUUGGGUCGUGCACCCUUGCUUCUUUAGAAAAUGAUUCACAGCCACCAUAUAGUGCACUGUUAUGAUGAAAUGAUAAGCUUUGGGGAAAAUAUUUUAUUUAUUGCUCCUUUGUUUUUUGUUUUUUGUUUUUUGUUUUUUUUUUCUGAGUAGGUUUGCCCACUUAAUAUUGAAUGGACAUGUUUUUUUUUCAUCUUAGAACACUGACCAAUUUUUCAAGGUAAGAGUCUAUUUAUUUAUUUAUUUUUAUUUGACCACUCUUUCGUCAAUUGUUUUUGCUCAUAAUGUUGGAAAAGUCAUCCUCAGUGGUCUGGCUGAGAACGUCUUUUUUUUUUUUAAGUUCAGAUCUGCUUGCUGUUUCUGCAUCGGUCAAUGUGUAGUGCAAAGACAUAGCAGUGAAAGGAAUGGCCCUGAUGAACACAACUUUCCUAAAAAAUGUGGUUUGCCAGAAUUUAAAGAUGAGCAGUGUUCGUCCCCCACGGAGUAACUGGACGCUUCCAGCUCUCUGGUGAGAAACAAUAUAGAAAACGGAUGGAUGAAUGGCAUUCUCACUCGUGUUCCGUCUUCUCACGGGACUUUACCCAGCGCUACUUGUCCAAACCGGGUGAAAGUUGUUUCCCAUGUUCGACCUCCGGUAUAUCCGCAUUUGGUUGCGUUAGACCUCUUCAACGACUUCUUCAAGAUGAAUGACAGUCAUGGAUGCGAUGAGCAGUUGAGGCAGCCCAGAGUGAUCAGGAUGUGUUUUUCACAAAGUGUAUGUUUUUUCCUUGCUGUUUCUGAGCCCAACAAAGUACAUUUAACAAGUUCUGUAGUUUCAGCACCAUAGACAGCAACGUUUUUGUUUUUGCGGAUGAUCGUGUAUUUUGACGUUUUUUUUUCAUUUCCUGUUUUUGUAUUGAUAACUUUAACCUCUCUCGACAGUGAUUGUGUGACAAGUAAUUCCGACUGACAUUGACGCUGCAAGAUUAAUGUUUUGAGAAACGUAAUUCAACAAUUCAUUUUUCAUUCAUUCAUUCAUCUUCCGAGCCGCUUGAUCCUCACUAGGGUCGCGGGGGGUGCUGGAGCCUAUCCCAGCUGUCUUCGGGCAGCAGGUGGGGGACACCCUGAAUUGGUUGCCAGCCAAUCACAGGGCACACAGAGACGAACAACCAUCCACGCUCACACUCACACCUAGGGACAAUUUAGAGUGUUCAAUCAGCCUGCUAUGCAUGUUUUUGGAAUGUGGGAGGAAACCGGAGCACCCGGAGAAAACCCACGCAGGCCCGGGGAGAACAUGCAAACUCCACACAGGGAGGCCGGAGCUGGAAUCGAACCCGGUACCUCUGCACUGUGAAGCCGACGCGCUAACCACUGGACUACCGGGCCGCCUUCAACAAUUUUAAUGUCAAAAAAUAAAUUAAAUGCUGAAACACAAUAUUAUGAGUUGAAGAAAAAAAUUGUUUUGAGCAGGAUAUUUUUACAAAAUUAAAACUUUUGACGAUUUCUGAAUUUAAUCUUAGCGAGGUUUCAAUUUAAUUACACAAAAUUACAAUCAUUUAAAUGUGUCAUCAGACAGUGUAAAAUGGAGGAAAGUGAUUUUUAGAUUAGCUCUGAAUCAAUAUUUUCAUUCGAUUUUUGUAUGACAUAUUUAGACGAGAGUAAAUUGCUUGCAAAAAACGAUAUAUAUAUUUGCCUGUUUUUUUAGUCCGACACACUGUUUUGUGUGUGUGUGUGUGUGUGUGUGUGUAUACACUGACAGGCGCACACAGUAUUUUUUCCUCAAAUUUUCAUUCUACCAUUUAUGAUUUCAAAAUAAGUCAAAUAAGGACCUUGUAUGUAAGAAUCUUUUCUGUAUGGAAACUCACACGUAUGAAAUGUUUUAUUCUAAUGAAUAUUCCGUAGUUUUAAACAUUUUAUUAUGGAUAUAUGAUAACAUACGGAGAUAUUUUAAUGUGAUACACUGAAAGCUGCCUUGCACUUCUGUGAAAAUGCUCUGAGCGCCGCUCGUGGCACGUCAGUGAAACGACUUCAUGCAGUUGUUCUCCUGUUGGGCUCCUUUUAAAGCUCCAUUGCUCAGAAAGGCAACGUUCUGUUCGUUGUUUGAAGGCACGUUUUCUCCGGACUCUCAUAUUUAUUUUGCAUGAUUUGGACUGAGGAUUGCUGUUCUUUGAAUAUAUUAUUU